AAUUUGCUGUGGUCGAUGUUUGAGCUGAGCCCCUUCCCUCCCUUUUCCCCACCCCCUCCCCACCCCCGCGCCAAGACAGAGGGUGAGGCUCACAGCUAUGCUCUUCUUCUAGGAGAAGUGGUGAACACCCAUGGGCCUGUGGAGCCUGACAAAGACAACAUCUGCCAGGAGCCCUACACCCUGCCACAGGGCUUCACCUGGGAUGCCUUGGACCUGGGGGACCGUGGUGUGCUGAAAGAGCUCUACGGCCUCCUGAAUGAGAAUUAUGUGGAGGAUGACGACAAUAUGUUCCGAUUCGACUACUCCCCGGACUUCCUGCUGUGGGCUCUCCGGCCACCUGGCUGGCUCCCCCAGUGGCACUGCGGGGUUCGAGUGGUGUCGAGUCGGAAGCUGGUUGGGUUCAUCAGUGCCAUCCCGGCAAACAUCCACAUCUAUGAUACAGAGAAGAAGAUGGUGGAGAUCAACUUCCUGUGUGUCCACAAGAAGCUGCGCUCCAAGAGGGUGGCUCCGGUCUUGAUCCGGGAGAUAACCCGGCGAGUUCACCUGGAGGGCAUUUUCCAAGCUGUUUACACUGCCGGGGUGGUUUUACCAAAGCCUGUUGGCACCUGCAGGUACUGGCAUCGGUCCCUAAACCCACGGAAGCUAAUUGAAGUGAAGUUCUCCCACCUGAGCAGAAAUAUGACCAUGCAGCGUACCAUGAAGCUCUACCGACUGCCAGAGACGCCCAAGACAGCUGGGCUGCGACCAAUGGGAAAAAAGGACAUUCCAGUAGUGCACGAGCUUCUCACCAGGUACCUGAAGCAGUUUCACCUCACGCCAGUCAUGAGCCAGGAGGAGGUGGAGCACUGGUUCUACCCCCAGGAGAAUAUCAUCGACACUUUCGUGGUGGAGAAUGCAAAUGGUGAGGUGACAGACUUCCUGAGCUUUUACACGCUUCCCUCCACCAUCAUGAACCAUCCGACCCACAAGAGUCUAAAGGCUGCUUAUUCUUUCUACAACGUCCACACCCAGACCCCUCUUCUAGACCUCAUGAGCGACGCCCUUGUUCUCGCCAAAAUGAAAGGGUUCGACGUGUUCAAUGCACUGGAUCUCAUGGAGAACAAAACCUUCCUGGAGAAGCUCAAGUUUGGCAUAGGGGACGGCAACCUGCAGUAUUACCUUUACAAUUGGAAAUGCCCCAGCAUGGGAGCAGAGAAGGUUGGGCUGGUGUUACAGUAAUCAGUUGCCAGUGAGAUUCUGGAUAAAGCCACUGAGAAGUCAAACCAGGAAAUGGAACCCCACCACUUGUUGGUCCAAUUUUCACAAACGUGAGAAUCCCUGGCAAAGGGAACAGAACUGAACCGGCUUUACCAAACCGCCACUGAACUUGACAAUUGUAUCGCAAUGGCGUAGGCUGCGUGAUGUCACCUCCGGCCGUGUCUCUGGUCUCCCUGUUUUCCAAUUAAUCACAUCCUUCUGCAGCCGUGAUCAAGGGAAUGUAACUGCUGAAAACUAGCUCGUGAUUGGCAUAUUAUGGAGUUAACGGGUGAAUAAUAAAAGUAUAUAUAUAUAUAUUAUAUAUAUAUAAAUAUUUUAAAUAUCUUUCAUGUUCCAAAUGUACAAGGAUGUUCGGUCUCUAAUGAAAAACUGAAUCUAGGUCAUUCCUCAGAAUUAGAAUCCAGGGACUGUGGCAGACAAACACAUACUGGUACAGUGAAUUGUUUUGUUCUGAAAGCAGGCAUUGACUUUUCUUGGGGGAGUAGGAGAAAGAGGAUGUGGGGGAUCUUCUCCAUCCCCCUUCUGGAUGGGCUGAAAUGAUUAGCUUUGAGAAGGCAGGGAAAAGUGGAGGGCCGGUGCCGAGCCUGGGGCGGGCCCAGAGCUCGCAGAACCGCAGGUGAAGUCCUAGAUGGGCCGACCCUACCCAGGCUGCCCUGCAGGGACCAGGCCUUUUCCGCAUUCUUUCACUGGCCAGUGGGGACCAUCUGUGGGUCCCUUCUUCCAUCCUCGCCCUGCUCCCUGUGGGAAGUCAUCCUGCCAACUGAUUUUAAAGGGCUCUUUAGCCAGCUGUUGUUGCCAACCUUAGAGGGAUGAGUCCCGCAUGACAUUGAUUUUCCACUGCCUGGGGUGACUGGCAGUUUGAAGGGGACCUUUGACCUUGUAGCAUCUGGGACCUUGUGGAGACCGUACCAGUGCAAUCCCUGCUGAGCUCGUCUUAGAGCAAAGAGCCAGCACCCUGAUAGCCCUAGGGUGGCUGGCCAAGGAUGGCGUGGGGACGAUACCCAGACCCCUUCAGCCGCCAGCCCCUGGCCUGUGCCUUCCGAUCCAUUAGCCAUCUCUUGUGCUCCUUUCCAAGAUGCGCAGCCUGCAAGUGGUAGCGAGGAGCGGUGGCCAGACGUUGAUCUGGAUUUGAUGGCAGAAAUGAUCGCGUGUCGCCGUGGUGUGAGUCUGAUUUUUGCUGAUGAUGUUUUGUGGAUUUUUGUGGUGGUGGUGGUGAUGGUUAUUGAUGCUGCCAGUCCCCCCAAAAGUGAUGGAGCCUCAGGUCCCGUGGCUGUCCGUGUAGGCCUUUCUCCGCUGUGCUCAGCCAGGUAGCUUGGGGAGGAUUGGGCUGUGGAAUUGUCGGAAAGCCCCGUGCCGGCUUGUAUGGAACUUUGCUCGAGGAGAAGGUAAACGGGGGAGAGCGGGGCGUGUGUGUGAGCGGCUUUCCCGGCCGCUUUCAGCUGCCUGCAGGGGGAGGAAGCCUGAGCCAGGAGGCCAGGUUUAGCCAGUUCCCACUGACGGAAGCCCUGCUCUGCAGGCUAACAGCUAACAGAGCGGAGUUUCGGGCUUCGGGUUUGCCAGACGCUAAUUGUGCAGAGUCCCCAGAGCUGGAGGAAACUGUGCUUGGGCUGGACUCUGUAGACCGCUGCUGGAACCCGCGACUCCACUGUCCUGCAUUCUCAUCAGCGGCCGCUGGGGGCCUCCCUUGUCCCCGUUGUCCCCGUGCUGCAAACUGCAUGCCCCAGCGAUCUAGGCUGACCUUUGACUCCUUGACUCCAAGAUACCCAGACCAAAGAAGCUGCUGUUCUUAGCAAGAUGUGCACUGCAUUCCACAGACGGGAGGAGUCCAAGAGACAGGGGCUUGCCUUUACAGCCUCACAGACACCCAGCGCCCCAGACUCCCCAGAGCAGCUUACCCUGUGCAUGCAUCUGAGGAUAUCAAAGAACAAAGUGCCCGACUCUUUCCUACCUUGGGCAGGACCUGGAACUUGGAAAGGCUUCCUGUCCUUGGCUUGGUCAGCUGUGGGCCAGGUACGGGCCAAGCCGUUGCUGAGAUUGGGGGUGCACCACAGCCCCGGGAGUGAGCUUUGCCUCGGUUGACCCACGUCACAGGAUGGAAACCAUGAGUCUGUGGCUGCUCUAGAAGAAACAGAUCUCCUGGAAAGGCCCCCGUGUCUCCCUCCAAGACCGUGUGGCCUGCUCCCUGGACUCUGCUGUUGUGUCACGGUGGGGACCCUGCCCAGCCCUCCUCACUGCCUCGCCGGUCUGCAGGAGGCAGCUUGGUGCCUGCUCUGAGUUUCUUUUUUUGUCCAAACAGUUCCCAGGUUCUUCACUCCACCUUUGCCAGGACUUCAGGUCAGAGAGCUCAGAGAGAACCAUUGCUCGGGGUUCCGGGCCUCCCCACAAGGAGCCCCGCAGGAUGGUGGAGCCAUGGCUGGCGUGAACCAAACAAGGGAACGACCCUGGGGCCUCCCAAGUUCUUCACCUGGGACCUGCCUCAGGCAGCCGUGGUUGGAGGGCCUCCCCGGCACGGCCCUCACCCUUUGCCACGAGUACUCCUUGCUGGCACCACUGGGCUUUUGGACUCCAUGUUUCCAGACGUUUACUUCCUGCCUUUGGAUUGACUCUACAUUUGACCCCUUGGCACAUUCCCAUGGCCUGUGAUCUUUUGUGGGGAGAGAGCUGGGUAGAAAGGAGGCCUCAGCUCUGGGUGGAGGUGUACAUAGGGCUCCCUCACCCCCAUGCCUGCUUUCAAAGACGCUGAUGUCUGGUUUGGAGGCUGGCCCACACCAAGCCACCUCAACACCCAGUUUAUGGGAAAUUCAGGCCUUGCCUGCAACUCUCAUCUAACUGCCAUUGACCCCUUCCUCGCUGGCUCACUGAAGCCCAGGUGUGGGGGUCCCUGUGGUCUGAAUUCUUUGCCCAAAGAUGACCAGCAUUUAACCAACUGAAAGGAUGGCCCAAAGCCCUGGGUAGCUUCACGAAACUGCCAUCUGGCAGAGGGUAAGGACCUGACUGUCAGGCCAGAGGAGGGGAACGAGCACAUCCUCGGCCAGUGCCUACCCACCCGGGCGGCAGCCUUCUUGUGACCUGGCCCGCCUGUCCCCGAACCAGAGGAGACGCAGGUCGUCUUUGGUGUCACCCUACUGCAAAGUGAAGGCAGGCCUGCCGACGGGCUGUCUCCUAGGACGUUGUGCAGGACAGUCUCAUUCAGUUAAAUUCAAAGAUACUGACUGCCGGCAAGGUGUGCAAACCUGGGAACAGAGGGGGAAGCUUCCCUUUUGUCUGGGCUUUUCUCGGGGGGGCCGUGGGAGGGGCAUCCAUUUCCCGGGUCGGGGAGGAGGUACCAAAUGCAUUGUAGUCCCACUGGUUACAUCUCAUUUGUUUCUAAUAAAGGAAGCAGCUGAACCAAA